GCAAUCAGGCGUUAUUUUCCCUUGUUUUAACCGGCGAAGGUACAAGAAGAAAGCGUAGAGGGAAACUGAAGAUCGCAAGUUACAUGAUGUGCAUAAAUAUAAAUUGAUAUGAGAUGAAAUGUGGUUAUAGUUCAAUAAACGUGACGAUUUUGAAAGGGUUAACAAUUAACCAUUGUUCCACAAUAUAUCAGAACCUGUUUUAAGUGAACACUCUGCAAGUGGGGGUCAUCGCUACCAUAGUCCAAAUUGCGUGACGGGAACACAAAUAGGGGGAAUGGCGGCUCUCUCGCUGCUUACGUUGUUACUAGUCGUUAACUCAGCUUGGUCCGCCCGGAUUGCUGGCUUCCUUACCAUUGGAGGGUCACAGUACAUGAACAUGAGGCUUACAAUGGAAGAACUGGCUUCUCGCGGCCAUGAGGUUGUACUGGUUGUGCCGUCAACCCAGAAAGUCAAACCCAGUGAGAGAGUGCCACACAAGAUUUACCAAGUGCCUUGUACACCUGACUUCUUGGAUGAAAUGAUACGACUUGAACUUGAGGGGAACAAAGUACAAUUGAUGCUGAAAGCAAGUGAGGUGAUGCCUACCAUGUGUGAAGGUCUAUUAAACAGCACAGAAGUUUUUGAAGAACUGCAAGACUUUGACCUUUUAGUUCACGACACUGCUGCAUUCGGCGCUGUAUCACUUGGUGAACACCUUGGUAUUCCAAGAGUGGAGAUUAUGCCUCUUCCUCCAAACAACCUAUUUGCUUCGUAUUUUCACGCGAUGCCCUUCCCUGUCUCUUAUGUUUCAGAACUAAUUACGGAAUUUUCUGACAAAAUGACUUUUGUGGAACGUGCCAUCAAUUUUGGAGUGUACCUUGGUGUAAAUCUGUUCGUCCAUUUUGCAAUCGAUAGACCAAUGAAUGCUCUGAAAGUCAAGUACAACAUCAAACCUGAGAGAAGCUACCUGCAGGCUGCUCGCGAUACUGAACUGGUUAUAAUUACAGCAGAUUUUGCUUUGGAGUAUCCUCAACCUCUAUUACCAGGCAAUGUUAUGGUUGGACCACUGAGUGUCAGAGAUGGUAGACCCCUCCCUCCGGAAUUAGAGAAAUUUGUCAGCAAUUCAGGGGGCCAUGGCUUUAUUAUUGUUUCCUUUGGAUCAAACGUGGCUUCAAUUCUUUCACGAAAGGUGGUAGACAUGCUAGCUGUAGCAUUUGGAAAGCUGAAACAGAAAGUUGUGUGGAGGCUCAAAGGCUACAUUCCUUCCUUCCUUGGUGCAAACAUCAAAAUAGUGGACUGGUUACCUCAGAAUGAUAUACUGGCUCACAAGGACAUCAAAGCUUUUGUCUCCCAUGUUGGACACAACAGUCUUUAUGAAUCAGCAUACCAUGGAGUUCCAUUAGUAACUUUCCCUCUGUUUGGAGACCAGCAUAGUAAUGCCAAGAAAGCAGCGCAUUUUGGCCUUGGUUUAGCAGUGGAUCAUAAAACCAGUAAUGCCCAGCAACUGUUUGAAACAAUCGAGCGUGUUAUUACUGAACCAAGAUUCAAAUCAAAGGCAAUGCAUAUCUCUGGCCUGUUAAAGGAUCGCCGACGAACACCGCUUCAAGAAACCUGUGACUGGAUAGAGUAUGUUCUCAGACACGGUGGAGCCCGGCACUUCAGACCUCAAGUGCUCGACAUCCCUUGGUAUCAGUAUUACUUACUUGACGUCAUCACUUUUAUUGUCGCUAUAGCUACCAUGGUUAUCGUGGUGAUAAGAUUAGCUUGUAGAUGUCUGAGUCGUGUCUUUGUUUUACGGUUGUAA